AUGAAGCGCGUCUCAAGAGCCUGCAUCUUCUGCCGUGCUCGCAAAAGUCGCUGUGACCUCUACAGAGACGCUUCAGGCGGUCAACCUCCGUGUGGUCGAUGCAAAAGAGAAAACCGCGAAUGUGUCCUAGGCACAUCCAACCGUGGUGGUAGUCGGGUGAGGAAGAAGAAUCUCUCCAAUACAACCUCCGCAGGCUUAUCCCAUCCUCCUGCCUUGACACCUCUGCUCGAAAUCACAGCAGGACCUCAGUCCGACUCGUUCCUUCAAUCUUCUCCUACCCAAGAUACUCCUCAGGCAGCAGCUGCUAGAGUGUCGCAAGAUGGGAUCCCCUCCGGUAACCUGGCAGAAGACGAUGACUCGGCGUCCACCGCCGACAGUACCCUAGGGCAUACAAUACCCAGGAAUCCGUCAGAUGCAUGGCAGCUAUUGAAAGAUGUGGCCAACCGAGAGGCUGACCACCUACAAGCAACCUCUGGAAUGUACAAGGAUGGAAAUACCUCAAAUCAGAAAACGCGAGACGGUCCCGGACUAGAGCCUCGCGGUUCAAUCAAUGGUAUCCAUGCCGGUAUUUCUACCUACCGCUUGGUAAGAGAAGGCUAUCUCGCUCCCGAGCUCAUUCAGAUGCUGGUCAGACGUUACGCGGAGCAUUAUCAUGCAUAUCUUCCUCUGGUGCCACGGAAGUAUUUCGACCCGGCGCAAUUGGAUAUAUUCGCUACCAACGACAAGCAUCUGUUGACCGCGGUCCUCACCAUCGCAUCCAAAGAUCUGGUUGAGCAGCCGAAUGUGCAUGUAUGUUGUUCCAGAUACAUGCAUGACCUGAUAUCAGGGAUUGCUGCUGGGCAUGAUUGCGACGUCGAAGCUGUUGAAGCGCUGCUUCUCCUCGCCGAAUGGGAACCCCAAGGGCUGCGCAAUCGUAUCGUAGCCAUAGGGCGAGGGGAGGAGGACCGAAGCGCAUGGAUGCACGUCGGUAUCGCUCUUCGUACAGGGUACUUUCUCGGCCUGGACAGGACUGCUUUUCGACAAGAAUCCGCCGAGGAAGCCAGAAUCGACGGCCGCAAACGUCUCGCAUGGGCCAAUUGCUAUGUCUCAGACCGUCUCAUUUCAGUAAGGAUUGGCAAGGCUUUUUGGUCUCGGGGACCCGGACCCAUGACUGGGCUCUCUUCUCAAGACUUUCCGUCACUCCAGCCGUUCAGUCCAGGUGACGAGGACUAUGCCAAAAUCAUGCAAGCCACCCUUGACCUCACUCAGCUGUAUUCCAACGUGCACGAUGUUCUCUACUCGGGCAUGAGGACAAGUGGCCAGAUGAUGCUCAUGGGGGAUUAUGUCAAAUAUGUGGACGAUUUCCGAAACGCCAUUGCCCGUUGGAAUACCACAUGGGGAAAGCUGGAAUGCUCACCACACAUCAAGGUCACCCUCCAGUUGUCAUACGAGUACUUGUGCCUCUACACAAAUGCUUUUGUCUUCCAAGCUGCAAUAUCUCAAGCGAUUGCAAACAAGCCCAAGACUGAAGCGCACUCGUUACGGGAUCAUCUUCGCAAAGCGUUCAGUAAUGUUGGGGCCAUGCCUGAUGCACGCUUCAUCUGGGCUAGUGUUGCCGCAGCGAAGGCCUACCUGACUCUGCUGAGUACACAGAUCGACCCUGGCAAGUACUUGCGUUAUAUGCCGCUACGGUAUUAUCUAUACUGCAUUUAUUCGGCCGUUUUUCUGUACAAGGCGAGGUCAUUCGGCGUGAUGACGGAGAUAGAAGAACGUCAGGUUCGUCACUUGGUCAUUCAAGCCAUGGAUGUACUCAAAAGGGCUUCGGUCUCUGCACAGGAUCCAGGCUCGCGCUAUGCCCGACUAUUGGAGCUGUUGUGGGUGAAGCCCCCCAAAGGUGGGAUCCAAGUGCAACAGCCAGUCCAGUCGCCCGCAGCGUCCGACACUCAACUGUCUUCUAGCGGCAGUGUUCGAGUCGAUGCGCAAGGAUAUGUCCUUUACAGCCCGGCAAACGAUUUCUCCUGGCUCGAUCUCGAGGCUGUGGGCGAUUAUGUAUCUGGUGAUCAACUCUCAGGCAACGGCGUCAACCUACUCGCACCUAUGGCGGGCUUUGAUCCUCCGCCUUCGUUUAUGCCACCGACCCAAGGAAUGCAAUGGCAGCAGCCAAACAACGGCAUGAAUUGGGACUGGACCGGAAAUUUGUUUUUCUAA